UCUCAGGCAGGGCUUUGAAGAGCAUCUGAAGGAGUGAAGUCAAGAACCCUCUGCUGAAAUCUGUGCUUGAAAGUGCAAAUGGAAAAACCCCGGCCAUUAUGGGACAAUCCCUUACAGUUUAUUUUUGCCUGCAUUUCUUAUGCAGUGGGGCUUGGAAAUGUUUGGAGAUUUCCAUAUUUAUGUCAGAUGUACGGAGGAGGGGGAUUUUUAAUCCCAUAUCUCAUCAUGUUAAUUGUAGAAGGGAUGCCUUUGCUAUACCUGGAGUUGGCAGUGGGACAGCACAUGCGCCAGGGGAGCAUAGGAGCGUGGAAAAUCAUAAGCCCCUACCUCAGCGGGGUUGGCAUUGCCAGUGUGGUAGUGUCAUUUUUCCUCUCCAUGUACUAUAACGUUAUAAAUGCCUGGGCAUUCUGGUACCUGUUCCAUUCAUUCCAGGAUCCCUUGCCAUGGGCCAGUUGUCCACUGAACAGUAACCACACCGGUUAUGAUGAAGAAUGUGGGAAGACCUCGUCUACUCAGUACUUUUGGUACAGGAACACCCUGAACAUUUCACCAUCCAUUGAGGAGUAUGGGAGCAUCCAGUGGGAGCAAGCGAUAUGCCUGAUCCUGGCUUGGCUAGUGGUCUAUCUGUGUAUUCUGAGAGGAACAGAGUCUACCGGCAAGGUUGUCUACGUAACAGCUUCUUUGCCAUAUUUGGUCCUCAUCAUAUACUUAAUUAGAGGACUAACACUACAUGGAGCUGUGAAUGGGCUGAUUUACAUGUUUACACCAAAGCUAGAGCAAUUAGCAAAUCCUAAAACCUGGAUUAAUGCAGCUACCCAGAUCUUUUUCUCACUUGGUCUUGGUUUCGGAAGCCUGAUAGCGUUUGCCAGCUACAACGAGCCAAACAACAACUGCGAGAGACAUGCCAUUAUCAUCUCUUUGAUAAACAGCAGCACGUCAAUAUUUGCCAGUAUUGUGACUUUCUCUAUCUAUGGGUUUAAGGCGACUUUCAACUAUGAAAACUGUCUAAGCAAGGUAAUACUGCUGUUGACAAACGUUUUCGACCUGGAAGAAGGAGCUUUAACUGCAGACAAUCUCGACAGUAUGAAAAAUUACCUAACGUCUACUUAUCCAAACCAGUAUGCAGAAUUAUUGCCACAGAUUAAAAACUGCAGUUUGGAAGCUGAACUAGACACGGCUGUCCAAGGCACUGGACUGGCAUUUAUAGUGUAUUCGGAAGCAAUAAAAAACAUGGAGGUCUCUCAGCUGUAUUCAGUGCUGUACUUUAUUAUGCUGCUGAUGCUGGGCAUAGGCAGUAUGCUGGGGAACACUGCAGCUAUCCUCACCCCUUUGACAGACAGCAAAUUUCUGUCCACCCAUUUAUCUAAAGAGGUGAUCUCAGGUAUUGUGUGUUUCAUCAACUGCAUUGUUGGCCUGGUGUUCACCAUGGAGGCUGGAAACUAUUGGUUUGACAUAUUCAAUGACUAUGCAGCUACCCUCUCUCUGCUGCUAAUUGUUCUGGUGGAGACGAUCGCUGUUUGUUACAUCUAUGGGCUAAGGAGAUUUGAAAAAGAUCUUCUCCUAAUGCUCGGACAUAAGCCAAACUGGUAUUGGAAAAUUAUGUGGGCUUUUGCCAGUCCUGUGCUAAUUAUAAGUUUGUUUAUAUUUUACCUCACUGACUACAUCCGCACAGGAACACUGCAGUACCAAGCCUGGGAUGCCACACAGGGUCAACUGGUUACAAAAGAUUAUCCAAGUUAUGCCCUAGCAGUUAUUGGACUACUUGUGGCUGCAUCCACAAUGUGUAUACCAAUAGGCACAUUAAUAAUUUUUAUUAUGAAGAGACUGAAGAAGAGAAAUGUACCAAUUCUUGAGUGAACAUUCAUAACUGGAUUCAUGAAAACUUUAUCACCAGUUGCAAUAACUGUGUGGAUCUUGGAGACCACAGUAACCAUUACUUGUAGCAACUAUUCAUAGAUUUGCAGAACCUUGGUGAUGUAUUUACCAUGAAGUGCUCUUGGCAGCUCCCACAGUGGUUCAAAAAGUUCUUCUGUGGCGGAUGAAGCCUUAAGAGGGUCUCUAACUGAUAUACAAAGAACAGCAGCUCACAAAAAGCCAUCUAGCACAAGUUACCAAGUAUUAUUGGCUAAUGACAACUGAUGUUAGGCUGUUAUUUCUCACUGUGCAGUACUGCCUACUUAAAACAAUGAGCAUCAAUUAUAUGAAAGCAAAUUCUUUUGUAUCUGAAGUACUGGAAAUUACUCUUCAAAAUAGUAUGCAUGUACAUGAGUGAUUUUCUUGAAUUUUUUUAUAUAUAUAUAUAGUUUGACUUCUCAAGUUUUGUAAUCUGAAUGUGGCAGUCUUUUCUAUUUGAGAGAAAAACCUAGGAAGAUGGUCAAUAUUUCUUAAGAGCUGACGUAAAAGCAAAACAGCUUAUGCAAUUCUUAUGUUUCCAAUAGAAGUAAAUAUCAGGUUCCACUA